AUUCAGUCCGUUUUUUUCCAGUCACCAACAGAACUCAGCCAAGCUUUUAAAGUCGUGAAUACAAAUUGGAGUCUUAGGGUGCAUUCGAAAAUGUUUAAAUCACUAUAUGAAAUGUACAGUGUUUAUAUUGCCGUUGUGAACUUAUGCUGACCGUUUUACUGAUCUUCUGAAAAGAUUGUGUUGACCUAGCCUUCACAAUGAAAGUUGUGUAUUCAAACCGUUGGUUCAAGGAGUGAAGCUUAAUGACAAAAGAGCUGUCUUGAGCGGAAAUAAUUUCCUCAAGUUGACGUGAAUAUAUUCCGAUUGCUACUGGAUUAUAAUUUUUCAAAACGCACAUUUUAAUGUAUUGACAUUUUAAUACCCGGAACCUAGUAGUACGAGGGACAUUUUCACUGUCGACAUCGUUUUGAGUUGCACUCUUCCAGUUCCAGUAGCCUACAGUGGAUGUCACAGUUCUGUGAACUUAAAAUGUUUACAGGCAGGCCAGCUAAUAUAAGCGAGGGGUGGUUUUAAAUUUGUGAAAUUAUGAAACGUUAUAUUCAAUUUUAAAAUACAAUUUUACUACCCGGAGAUGACAGGGGUGCAGAACUGCAUCCUAAAGCGACCAGGCGUUGGAGUAGGCGUUCUUGUCACUGAUAAUGUUUUGAAUCCUAAUUGUGUACUCCUGGGGAAGCGAAAAGGCUCGGUUGGUAAAGGUACUUAUCAGUUACCUGGAGGUCAUUUAGAGUUUGGGGAGACGUGGGAAGAGUGCGCUGCUCGGGAGGUUUUGGAGGAGGCGGGAAUACACCUGAAAAACGUCCGCUUUGCAUCGGUGUUGAACUCGAUCAAACUGACGGAAAACUACCACUAUGUAACCAUCAUUAUGCAGGGCGAAUUGGACAGGAGCUGUUCCGCUGAGCCUGUGAAUUUGGAACCUGAUAAAAAUGAAGGGUGGGCUUGGACCAGAUGGGAGGACUUCCCUCCAGAGGAACAGCUGUUUCUGCCCCUGGCAUGUCUAAGGCAACAAGGCUUUCAGCCAUUUUGGGAUGGCCCUGCUAAAGGAGACAGAGCUGUAAAAUGUAAUGGAAAAGCAUAACAGGAGUAUUGGAGCCACACAGGAAAAACAGCCAGGUUUACUCAAAACGUUGUAGUUAUUUUCAAAGUAGGAAAGCAUAUUUAACAGCCCUUUUCACAAUUCACCGAGUCUAAUGUGAAUUGUUGGUAUUAAGUUAAAUGUGUAUUUUUAAAUAAACGACAUUCAUUUUUUA